UAACUCCACUAUACUUGGAACAAAAAUGAGUCCACCUUCCCCCCCAGUCCCUGCAUUUUUCACUUCUUGCACAGUCUUCUUUUGAACAUCCCUCUGCAAACUUUAAAGCUGAUAUUUUCUUCUGUGGUGGUAAUUGACUAAGUUUUGCCAUGUCAAUUUGGCUUCAAAUGUCUGGCGUCGUUAUAUCUUGCAACAAUUAAUUGCAGUGGAUUUCUGGACAAAGUGAAUAUGGCAUCAUUUCGAGCAUUCUUGAACAGCCCUGUUGGCCCCAAGACGACACACUUCUGGGGUCCUGUAAGCAACUGGGGAUUCAUUCUUGCAGGAUUAGCUGACACGCAGAAACCCCCAGAAUUGAUAUCUGGCCAAAUGACAGGAGUGCUGUGCGUAUAUUCGGCAUUGUUUAUGAGGUUUGCUUGGGUGGUACGGCCACGGAACCAUUUUCUUAUGGUGACUCAUGCCUCGAAUGAAUGUGUGCAACUAUAUCAGCUAUCUCGUUGGGCAAAGGGCCAGUGGUACUUACAGCACAAAGAAGACAAGCCUACAACAUCUCAGUGAUCUGGAUCUACGUUUUAUGUCUAUAUGCAUAUGUAGCAUUCGAGGCGAUCCUCAUUCUUGCAACUGUUUAAACCAUUUGUAGACAAUAAAAUGCACAGAACAGAAGCAACAUUCUUUAUCUUAUAUGUACUGAUGUAUCCAUAUGACUGUAUAACCAUUUCUAUAUUUAUCUUAUAGAAAUGAUGAAGAAGCUAGCAAAAUGCAAGUUCAAACUCGUAAACCUUUUGGUUGCCAACA